UGCGCCGUUCUUCCACCUAAUCGAAACGUGCGCCGCCGUUGUUGUUUUUUAUUCAUAUCUCGCCCAUGUGUGAUACACGUAUAAAUUUUAAAUAAUGCUCCAAAACGUAUUGUGUUAAAACACUUUAGACUUAAGAUUAGAAUAAAUCUAUAAAUAAUAAAUUGGUUUCAAUAUUUUCAUUAAUUAUUUGCUCGGAAAUCUAUCGGUAAUAACUUUAUAGCAUUUUUUUUUACGUUUAUGGAUACAGUAGUAAUGACUUUACUGCUGAACAAUACGUUGUGUACCUUUAUUGAAGACUGUUGCUGUUCACUAACCCUAUCACUUUACUCCAAAUGAAAUACAAGUUCAACGUUCAUGAAGCCGCCGAGAUUAUGGAAAGUGAUACAACAUAUGCUGCAAGAAAAAAAGCUUAUAGGCUACCUUUAUUUAUAGUGGCUUCUUCAAUUGCAUUUUUCGUUCUACUUUGUAUGAUAUGUCUGUUCUUUGUUUUUUAUCCGACGUUGUGUCAAAAUAAAUCAAACUACCUAGGAUCCACUGAAUAUAUUUUGGAUGAAAUUCGAGGAGUAGACUACGAAAGAUUAGAAAGUAAUACUGGAACUACAGAUGUUAGAUUACCCACAGUCGUAGUCCCUGAUUCCUAUAAUUUAAGAAUAGUGCCGUUUUUAUGGGUUGGAAAUUCUACAUUCAAUGGCCAAGUUAGCAUUGUCGUCAAUGUCACGGCCCCCAUAAAUAGUAUUACUCUACAUGCCGUCGACUUAAAUGUGACGGAAUGUAAAGUUUCAAGGUUUCCAAGAAUAGUCCCUGAUGAAUAUAUUAAGGAUGAUAAUAGUAUUUUUGUAAAUAUCGAAGGUACUGAAAUUGAUGUAUCAAAACAGUUUUUUAUCAUUAAGUUUAAGGACACACAACCUGCUGAUUUUCAAUACAAAAUUUACAUUAACUAUACUGGAAGAUUGCAAGAUAAUAUGGAAGGUUUUUAUAAAAGCUCAUAUGUAAUUGGAAAUAUUACUAGAUGGAUAGCUGCAACUCAAUUUCAACCAACAGAUGCACGCAAAGCAUUCCCUUGCUUCGACGAGCCCGCUUUAAAAGCAAAAUUUUCCAUUACAAUUGCUCGACCCGCACACAUGAGUUCUAUAUCAAAUUCUGGUCUUCGAAGUAACUCUAAUUUACCAAGACUGCCUGGAUUGUUGUCUUUUUACGAAUGGGACGAAUUCGAAGAAACUGUUCCUAUGUCAACUUAUUUGGUAGCAUUCGUUAUAUCUGAUUUUGAGUACUUGUCUUCAGAGACUUUUAGAGUAUGGGCUAGAAGUGAAGUAUUACAACAUACCAAUUAUGCUCGAGAAAUAGGCCCUAAAAUACUCAGAUUUUAUGAAGAUUUCUUUUCUAUUCCUUAUCCUUUAAAGAAAAUCGACUUGAUUGCUUUACCUGAUUUUGGUGGUGGUGCAAUGGAAAACUGGGGUUUAGUCACAUUUAGAGAAACUCUAAUGUUAUAUAAUGAAGGCGUAUCAUCAAAUUUACAAAAAGAACAAGUUACCACAGUCAUUGCACAUGAGUUGGCUCAUCAAUGGUUUGGAAAUUUGGUAACUGCUGAUUGGUGGUCGGAUUUAUGGUUAAAUGAAGGUUUCGCUACUUACAUUGAAUACUUAGGUGUUGACCAUUUAGAACCUUGGUGGAAAAUGGACGAGCAGUUUGUUUUGAGUAGCAUACAGAGUGUAUUUUUCAUGGAUUCGUUGAAAUCUACUCAUCCAAUAUCAGCACGUGUGUCAAAACCGGAAGAAAUCAAUGAAAUAUUCGACCGUAUUUCCUAUGAUAAAGGGGCAUCAAUAAUACGAAUGAUGGAUCAUAUAUUAACUAGACAAGUAUUUCGUAGAGGGUUAACUAAAUAUUUAAGCUCGAAGUUAUAUAAGAAUGCAUGUCAAAAUGAUUUAUGGCAAUCUUUAACCGAGGAAGCUCAAAAAAGUGGAGUAUUGGAUUAUACGUUUACUAUAAAAGAUAUAAUGGAUACCUGGACAUUACAGCCAGGUUUUCCAGUCAUUAAUGUCACCCGAAAUUAUAAUUCAGAUUCAUUAAUAGUUUCACAGAGUCGAUUUGUUCUUUAUGAUCCUAAAAGUUAUGAAAGAAAUGAUAAAUCAAGUUUUCUUUGGUGGAUACCACUUACGUACACUACUGCUUCAAAAUUAGACUUUUCGACAACUAAACCUUCCCAUUGGUUUAAACCACAAGAAUUUAUGAUGUUGACUGAAACUGGAGUGUCUUCUAAGGACUGGGUUUUAUUUAACAUUAAUGAAACUGGUUUUUAUCGUGUAAAUUACGAUUUGAAAAACUGGGAAAUGCUGAUUAAUUACUUGAAUGACCCAGAAAUGUUUUCAAAUAUCGGAACUAUUAACCGAGCCCAGUUAAUCGAUGACGCUAUGUCUCUUGCGAGAGCUGGAUAUCUUAGCUAUAAAACAUCUUUGGAUAUGACUAGAUAUCUGUAUCAUGAAACAGAGUUUGCUCCUUGGAAAUCCGCUUAUAGAUCAUUUAUUUACCUACACCAAAUGCUUAUAAAAACUCCCGCUUAUGACAAAUUAAAGGCAUAUGUUUUACAUUUAAUUACUCCAAUGUAUAAGGAAUUAGGCUUCACAGAUAGUACAAGAGAUGAUCAGCUAACAAUUUACAAGAGAUUUAAUACUCUAUCGUGUGCAUGUGAAUUGGGACACAUUGAUUGUAUUCGUAAUGCAGUGGUUCAGUUUCAGAAUUGGAGAUCAACUCCUCAUCCUGAAAAUAAUAAUCCAAUUUCACCAAACUUGAAAGCAAUCAUUUAUUGUGUAGCGAUUAGCUAUGGUGGUGAAGAAGAAUGGGAUUUCACUUGGAGUAUGUACAAAUUGACUAAAACUGUGUCAGAAAAAGAUUUGUUAUUAGAUGCUCUAGGUUGUAGUAGAGAAACAUGGAUUUUGACUAGGUUUCUUGACUAUGCUUUGCAAAAUAACUCUAUUAUUAAAAGUCAAGAUUUAUCUAAAGUUUUUUACGCAUUGACUAAUAAAAUAGCUGGACAAGAAGUUGCAUGGAAUUAUGUGCGUGACAAUUGGCGUACUCUUAAAUCCUCAUUAUCGUCGAGUUUUUCGGUAAUCAGUGAAAUUGUAAAAUCAGUUACCCAUCAUUUCAAUACGAAAAAUGAUUUGAUUGAGUUAUGGCAAUUUUAUAAAGAUCAACAAGAUCACUUAGGUUCAGCUAGACGAAGUGUAAUGCAAUCAAUUGAAAACGCGCAAGCAAAUGUUGAUUGGAUGAACCAAAAUUACAAAAUUAUCUAUAGUUGGCUGCAAAAUACGACUCAACAUAUAUCACUAGAUAAUAUUAAAAUGGAUUAAAUUGUAAUAAAAUUUUUCCGAUUAGACUGUAAAUAAAUAUUUUGAUGUAAACACUAACUAUUUCGGCGAUAUUUUGCCAUUUAAUUCUUAAUAUUUUUAUCGUCUUAGAGACUGUUUUUAUUUAAAUUUUUUUCUGCGAUUUAUUUGCAAUAUUUAUGACUUGAUGUACCUAUUUGAUAAAACUUUUAUUAUUUUUAAUUAAGCUUAUUUUAAAUGCGAACAAUGUUUUUAAAAUUUUUAUUAUUAUUUAGUCUUAUUCCACGUUAUAUUUUAAAAUAUUUAAUACCAAGUAAAAUUAUACUUUCUGUGUGUAA